AUGUACACGUACAGCAUUCGGGGUAAAUGGAUGCGGACAGCCGAGAGACUACAUGUCCAAUAUGGCCCUAUUGUUCGCGUUGGACCAAAUCACCUAGCUGUUGACGGAUCCGUCGCCUGGACUGAAAUCUAUGCCAACCGAGGCGCAGGUAAAAGCGAAUACCCUAAGCCGAGAGGUUUUUUCUUCAACGGCGAUGAGACGAGUAUCUUGGCCGCACCUCGUGAUGUUCAUCGCCGUCUUCGCCGUCACUUGAGUCACGCCUUUAGCGAGUCAGCUUUGGUCGAACAAGAGGGGAUCAUCGCUUCAUACAUUGAUUUGCUCAUGGCUCGUCUGUCCGAACGGGCGGGUAAGGGAUCCAAGAUCAACAUUGUAGAUUGGUUGAAUUUCGCGGCCUUUGACAUCAUUGGGGACUUAACGUUCGCGGAUUCGUUUGACAGUUUGCGAAAUAGCGGCUAUCAUCCGUGGGUUCGAAACAUCUUCAAGAACAUCCAGGCUGCUUCCUACACCUGGUUUGCCACCAACUACCCCCCGCUGCAGACGGUGAUGCGCACAUUCACGAGCAAUGAAACGGUAAAGAUAUCGCAAUACAACCAACAACUUGCAGUGGAAAAGGCCUUGGCUCGCAUGAGUUUGGGGCCCGAGCCCGCAGAUGGACGUCGCGACUUCAUGACAUACAUGCUUCGCAAGACACGGACAGGAGAAGAAGGAAUGACACAAGAGGAAAUUCUCGCCACCGCGCCUGUUCUUGUGACUGCAGGCAGCGAGACAACCGCCACGCUGCUUUCGGGGUUUUUCUUCUAUUUGCCAUCCAAUCCAACCGCGUACUGGCGACUAACGGAGGAAAUCCGCUCAACUUUCAACAGUGAGGAUGACAUCAACAUGCGUAGUGCAUCAUCGCUGCCAUAUCUGCAGGCCUGUCUCGAAGAAGCAUUACGCAUAUAUCCUCCAGCUGCUGAGACACCUUGGCGAGUAUCCCCCGGCGACAUGCUUCUAGACCAGUUUGUUCCUGCCGGAACACACAUCUCCGUCUCCCAGUGGGCUACGUAUCGCAAUCCCAAAUACUUCAAAGAUGCAUCUUCAUAUGUGCCCGAGCGUUGGUUGCUUCCGGCUCAUCCACACUACGAUGCCCAAUUCAACAAUGAUAACAAAUCGGCCUUCAAACCUUUUAGUAACGGUCCACGAGACUGCAUUGGCAAGAACCUCGCAUACGCAGAGAUGAGGCUUAUUGUUGCGCGAUUUUUUUUCCGCUUUGAUUACGAACUUUGUCCAGAACAAAGUGGAUGGCAUCACGACCAGCGGAGUUACAAAAUUGGUAUCGUCACUGAGCAUGGCGACGUUGAACAGAGGUUCCUAGAGAGCGCUACUCAGCGAAACGGCACACUACAGGAGGACUUUGACUUACCUGAUUACUCCACUGCUAUUUAUCUCGACUCAUCGCAAUUUUGA